AACCUGGCCGUGGCCGACACCUGCUUCCUCCUCUGCACGUCGGCUUUCCUUGUCAUCUACCACGUGCCCGUGCUCAUCUGCCUUCAGCCAAAGGGUCUGCAGGUGCUGCGGCUAUUUCACUGCAUGGUUCUGCUCACGUACAGCACCAGCCUCUACCUCCUCACGGCCAUCAGCGUGGAGAGGUGUAGCUCUUGGCAACAUCACCCGGCGAGGCUGUAUGCCGUCGUCUUCCUCACCAUGCUGUUCUUCCUCCUCUUCGGCAUCCCGCUCAGCAUCGACAUCUUCCUCAACCUCUUUGGCUACACUAAUCUUGUCUUUGAGGUCUGCCUGUUGCUGGCCUCCGUCAACAGCAGCAUCAACCCGGUUACUUACGUCCUGGUGGGGAGCUACAAAAAGGUCCGAUUUCUCAGCUCCCUGAUGCUCGUAGCAGCGCGCUCUCGGAAACGGCGUGUUUGA